AGUUCAAUCAAAGCAGGCACGAGAGAACGCCGUACCAGGACUAUUCGCCCCGUUCGUCGUGUAAUUGAGAACAAGAAUGUUCCACUUCCGAACAGCUGGUCAAAUUUCUUAGCUUUACCGGAAAACAAGGCAAACUUGGCCAAAUUUCUGUCCGAACACUUAAUUGCAAAUGCACCUCAAGAGAAAGUCAUUGUUGUUGCAGGUGGAUUUUCCGACGGAAAAGAAGCGCAAUUGUCAAGCCAAUUGGUUGAUCCUUAUCUUUUGUGUGGAGAUCACGAAGAAGCUGAUACAAGACUGGUUCUACAUGCUGUCGUCAACAGUUGUGACACGGUUGUUGUGUCUGCCAGAGAUACUGACGUACUGUUACUUCUUGUGGCGCAUUUGCCAAGUAUGCCUUCUCCAAAUGUGUGGAUGAUUGCAGGAACAGCGGCCAGGCGCAAGUUCUUUAACAUUAGGGCGAUAAGCGAGAAUCUUCCCGCGGGAUCACUAUCAGCGCUCCUCCCUUUCCAUGCGCUGACUGGUUGUGACACAACGUCAUAUAUCUCCAACCACUCUAAAUUGUCAGCGUGGAAUACAUUUCAAGACAAACAUUACCUUCUAGCGUCGCUAGGUGGAGGAGAACUAUCGGCCAACAAAGUCAGGGAUGCCGAAAAGUUCAUCUGUGCGAUUUACAACUGGGGGCACAUGGAAUCAGUGAAUGAUGCGCGAGUUCUUCUCUUUUCGAAGACAAAGAAACCUGAAGCGUUGCCUCCGACCAAGGAUGCACUGGAAUUGCAUAUCAAGCGCUUGCACUAUCAAUCACUCGUGUGGAGACAAGCUUCAUGCCAGGAUCCUAUCCUACCAAACCCGGACGGAAUGGGAUGGAAGAGAGAAAACGAAGGCGGCAGUAAACUCUUCCCUCUCCUUAUGACAAAGGAACCCAUUCCGAACGUAUGCAAGGAAAUUAUAUCCUGCUCUUGUAAAGGUGGCUGCACGACAUUAUGCUGUGGCUGCAAGAAAGUAAAGUUGUUCUGUACUGGCGUGUGCGGCUGCUCUGUGGACGGAAAUAUUUCCUGCAAGAACAAAUGCGAUAAGUGA